AUGCAACACUACUUUAUGAAGCAAGGCUUCGACGAUGAUCGCCAUCCUGCAAGCCCGAAUCUACAGAUAUAUUUGUUCUUCCCAUUCAACAUCCCUCGAUUUUCCCAGCUCCGAGUCUUCAAGACAAGCUAUGUCCAGCUCGGGACGGAGUGCCGAGGUUGUGGUCCAAAUGAGGCAACCCCGGAAGCCCAGUUCCGAACCAACGGUCCUUCAUCGCGCGCCAUUGCAACGCUACCCGGUUUCACCUUGUGA